GGAUCAUGCAAGUUACAGGGGGCAUGUUCUCAUAGUUCUCAAGUUGGAUGAAGAGACAAGUGUAUCUGUGACAGUCUGUGGGGUCUGAGGUAAAGCGGCGGACCAAGGAGACAGGCAAAGCCUCUAGGGGGCCAUGUCUGGCGGCAGCAGUACUAACAACAGCUGGACCAUCCUCACUCCUGAGGAGACUGCUGCUGAAACCCUGAGGCCUCUGGCAGAAGGGACAGAGCACCAUGAGGAAAGCCAUACAUCUACAGAAGGCUGUGGGGCCAACAACCAGCCUGCAGAGGAUACAACAUCUGCAGAGGGGCCCUCUGUGGAGGAACACCUGGUAUCAGAAGAGAAAAAAGGAGAGCUAAGCGAAGCCUCCAGCACAGAUCACCACACCUACGAGCCCACCACCAUCACUGAUGCCACCGUUCCCUCUUCUUUGGACGUCUCGAGCAGCUCCAUCCCUGGCAGUGAUGUGCUCAGCCAGUCAGAGGGCCUAGCUGAGGGCCAGGCACAGUCCAGCCCAGACCCGGAUUCAUUCACUGACUCCUACACCCAUAUAACUCCCUCCCCUGAUGAGCCCCCAGCCUCGCUGCUGAGCACAGAGACUCUGGGAGGGGUGGAGUUUACACAGGAAGAAGAGAGGCCAGCACAGGAAGGAGCACCGCAUCCGCUAAAUGGGGAGGAGCUACAACAGGAAGGGGAGGAGUCAGACCUGUCUCCGAGGACGACUGACUUGGGGAAACAGGCAGACUCCCCAGGGGAUUCAGAGGUUGGGGACGAGAGGGCCGAGAAGACGGGAGAGGAGGGAGAGCCAGAGGUGAGGAGAAGGAGGUCUCUCUUGGCAGCUCUGGAGCGGAUCGGAAGGGCAGAGGAGGAAGACGAAGGAGAGGAAGAAUUUCAGUUGCCACAGCGAGAGGAAGAGAGUGGGUUCUCUGUGAACAAGUGCAUCCUGGGUGCCGUCAUUCUGUUAGGCCUCGGGACCAUCUUUUUCUCAGGUGUCUUCAUGGACCUGGAUGAGGAGAGUGACUAUAACACGAGGGAGCUGAAAGAUCCAGAAGUACCAGGAAAACAGGAGUGGCUUAAUCCGGAGGUUCCUCCACCCCCAGUAGAUGCUGACAGCACAGAUCUUCUAAAUAAGAUAGCCAACGAAAACAAGCAGAUUCCUGUGCUACAAGCCCAACUUCAGGCACAGAAAGAAGAGCUAAAAGUAGCCAAGGGACAGGCAGCAGAGGGAGCAGCAGAGCGGAUGCGGUGGGAGGAGGUGGAGAAGGAAAACAGUAGGUUGAAGAAAGACAUGGCAUCUCUCCCUGUCCUUCAGAAAGAAAACGAGAGGAUGAAGAGAGAGCUGGAGUCUGUCUCGGCCCUACAGAAAGAACUAGACACUCUGAGAUCCACUCUGACUGAAUUAAAACUCUCAUCAGGUACAGAGGGAGGAGCAGCCAGUGAAGCAGCUCAGGCACCUGUGAAGCCUACUACAUCGCCCCCCAGUGGUCAGCCAGAGGACAGCAGCCCAAGUAUAGCUGGAUCUACAGCGAGACAGUCCUGGAUACCAUUGGAUGAGCAAAGGGCUGAGAAGAAGAAAGAUCGGAAGAAGGACAAACACGACAUGGGCGAGAAGAAAGAGUGGAAAGAGAGAGAAAAAUCUGAAUGGAAAGAAGGAGAGAAAAAGGAGAGCAAAGAUGGAGGUAAAACAGAAUGGAAGGAGAAGGAGUUGAAAAAGGGGAAACACGAGCAAGGAAAGUUUGACAAGGAGAAAGUUAAGGAAGGUAAGCAAAAGAAGCACAGUGAUGACAAACAGUGGAAGGAGAAAGACCUGAAGAAAGAAAAGGCUAGCAGAGGGGAUGGAGGAAAACCAUGGAAGGAUAGGGAAGGGAAGAAAGAGUGGACAGAAAAAAGUGAGAGAAAAGAACUGAAGGAGGACAAAGACUGGAAAAAGCCAAAGCACGAGAAACAGAGUGAGGGUAAGCAAUGGAGGGGAAAGGAGGAGAAGAAGGAUAGGAAGGGAGGAAAAGAUCAUGGAGAGUGGCACAAGAGCAAGGAGGAGUGGAAGGGAGAGAAGGAGUGGAAGAAAGCAAAAGAUGGCUUUAAGGAAAGUGGCAAAAACAAGUGGGAGAAAAAAGAUUGGAAACAGAAAGGAGAGAAGAAAGAGUGGAAGAAAGACAGUGAGUGGAAGAGCAAAACCAGCAAAGAUCUUGGUAAAGAAGGGAAAGGAAAGUGUGAAAGGAAACAGUGGGAAGAGAAUGAAAAUCAUGGUAAAGGGAAGGGAAAGGAUGAGAGGAAACAGUGGAGCGAGAGCAACUGGAAGGCUAAAAAUGGUCAAGAUGGUAAGGACUGGAAAAAGAAGAAUGAGAGGAAGCAGUGGGAAAAGAAAGAAGAAGAGUGGAAGAAAGGAGGACAGAAAGAGAAAAAGCACUUCGGAGAUUGGAAAAAGGACAAAUCCAGCUUCCAGAAAAACAAAGACGAGCACAAGUCAACCAGUAACCACAACCGCCAUGACCACCAUGAGGAGCAUCCGUGGAAAGACAAGAUGCCCCCUCAUACACACCGCCAACCCUCCCUCGAUCAACCUGAGUACUGGAUCCACCAGAGAGACCGCCUCCAGCAUAACCCUAAACCUCCACAGCACUGUAACUCACUGGAGACCUGUGCUCAGGCUGAGGGGCUGCUCCCUGUCCCUUUACCCGAGUUCGAGGCCAUCCUCCUAACAUACCUAGCCAAGGCAGAGGAGUUUGGUGUGGAUUCCUCCAAAAUAGAAGAGCUCAAAAAGCUAGCCACCGAGUUCUUCAAGGACGGAGUCUUUGUUCAUGACCAGAUGAGCUUUCAAGAAUUCGUCGAAGAUUUGAGCGAUAUUUUAGAAGACAUGGUGGAAGUGGAUGAAAACGAUGGAGAAGAGGAUAGUGCCAUAGAGGACGAAAUGGAGGAGUUUGAACGAGAAGUCAUAAAAAAGUUUUCAGUGCCAGGAGCUGGAGAGAAAGAGGAGAAAAUCAAGGGGGAGUGGAGGAAGGAAAGUGGCCGAGCACGUGGCUGAAGAAGUGAUAGAAUUGAUGGAUCUGUCAAAUGAAGCUAAGAGGAGUCAUGACAAAUGAGGGGUUAUUCAAAGGGAACACUUACUAUUGGACCACAAAUGCUUACAAUUUAUGGUCCUGUCAUUGUUUUUAAAGGAUCUUAUUUUUACCCCUUCCCUCUGCUGUCCAAGAGAUUCAACUUAUAAUUUGAUCUCAGUCACAUUAUACCUGUUAGAUUUAGUUGGAUGUUACUCUGCUUUGACUCUCACCUCCAGAAUAAACACUAUACAGUCUUAUUCACA